AUGUCAUCGAACGCGACACACAUUGCCCGCCAGUACUGCACCGAAAUCACACCGCAAUGUCCGGUCGAGUUGACAACGUACGGAUACUACCCCAACUUGGGUGUCAACUCUUUCUUCAUCGCACUAUUCGGCCUGUGCAUGUUUCUGCAAUUAGGGCUAGGGAUAUGGCGGCGGACGUGGACGUAUAUGGCAGUCCUCGUCAUUGGUUGCUUCGGAGAGGCCGUCGGUUAUAUUGGACGACUGCUCAUGCACAACAAUCCGUGGUCAGGAGCAGGCUUCAAGACACAGAUCUGCUGCCUGGUGCUCGCUCCUAGCUUCCUCGCCGCCGGCAUCUACGUGACCCUGAAGCACAUGGUCACCUACUGUGGGCCGGAAAACUCGAGGCUCAAACCUAGACGGUACCCGUGGCUCUUCAUCGGCUGUGACUUUGGCUCGAUUGUACUCCAGGCCAUCGGAGGAGGCACCGCCGCGAGCGCUGGCGACCACGGUAGCAAACCCCAGCUGUUGCAUGUCGGCAACGGCUUGAUUGUGGCGGGCAUUGCGUUUCAAGUCGCGACCAUGGCGAUAUGCGGGUUGCUGAUGCUGGAAUUCUUCCUCCGCUUCCAGAAGGCCAAAAAGGCCAGAUCGGCGUCUCACUCGGAGAGCGAAUACGAGAAAAACCAGGGCUUGCAGAAGGCGACGCGCAACUUCCGCAUUUUCUGUUUCGGCAUUGCGCUGGCGUUUCUGACCAUCUUCAUUCGGUGCAUCUAUCGUCUCCCGGAAAUGGCUGGCGGCUGGGGAAACCCUCUCAUGCAAAAUGAAACCGAGUUCCUGCUUCUCGAUGGAAUGAUGAUCGGUAUCGCCACAGUGGCCAUGACUUUGGUGCACCCCGGCUUUUUCUUCGAGCCAAUGAGGAAGUUCAAGAAUUGA